ACUACAUUAGUAAUUUGUAUGAUGUCGCUUGGCUGUCCACUUCAUAUAAAUGAGCGGUCAUCAGUUCGUCACCGGGUUAAUCCUAUUUUAUGUAGCAGUAGUAUCGUACUAUCAGCAGAUUUGGAUACCUACUGCUUGACAUUUUAUCAUAUUGUAUAUACUUCUCUGGAUUCUCUUCUAAAUAUCCAGAAAAUUAUGAAUUAUUGAGAAGUCACUUCUUAAGGGUCGAACGCGAUUAAUAAACAUUAUUUACCUUUACCGACGUUUCGUCUAGGUCGCACUGGCCGUGUCGAAAAGUCGAGGAAAAGGUAAUAUGAUGUGGUUGUUAGUUAAUCGUAAGUGACUUUAAAUCUAAAUGGAGUAAUGUUAUUCUGGUCAAAAUGACCCGAAUAACACUACUCCGACAUAAUUAUUGAACAUAAUUAUUGAAAGUCAUAAUGUAUUGUAGUUCGUCUAUUAACUUUUCAGGGUUGUCGUUAAGGUUGUCUAUAGUUAUAGGUUAUAAGAUAUAUUAGGUUACAUUCGUUUCUUUUAUUCCACCAUGAAAAGUUACGCAUUUCUAAGAACCUAAUUAACAGUAUUACCUUUCCAAAAUGCGGACAUACAUUAGGACUUAAUACUUUUUUGGAAACAAUACAUACACGUGUACCUACUCGUAUACCUAUAAGUUGCAAUAGGUAAUUCCGAAAGUCACAUAAAAAUCACUAUUAUUUCCAUCAUAUCAAGAUUCCCCUUUCGGAAUUACUAGAGCAUUUCCGUCAUUCGGAAUCGUUAGAUUUUAAAUGCGUACCUAUUAGUGUACUUACCUUGUGCAUGUUUUUGAUAGUUUUAAUGAAAAAUAUUUAUGAAUCUCAAUAUAUUGAGAAUUAAAUCUGAAUCUGAACUAUAUUGGCAUAGGCCGAUGAACUGAAACAUGCAUUGGGCUCCUCGCAAAAUGUCUGUAAAGAGAACGCUAAAGCAACACAGGUACAUAAGCGAACAGGGACUCGCAAUAGGACAACUCAGUCGUCCUCUGUCUGCAGAAGCGAACCAAAGUGUGCUCGGAUCUGCUUCACAAUGAUUUGGAUAAUUUCUCUGCUUGUAGCAAUAGCUCCUAUUUUAACUAUUGACGCGUGGGGGUACAAUGCCGUUGACCGGAGGGAGGUAACGGAGUAUGUGACCAAACUGUGUAUGAAAGGUGGCGCAGAAGAUAAAGUUCCUCAAGUUCUGGACGCAAUCGAAAACUUUGAGAAAUGUUCCGUGAGCCUCUUCAAGGACGAAGCGCUGUUGGAGGAGGUUGCUACUUCCAUCCGAAACAAUGACCUCAGAGAAGUCUUCAAGAAGUACUGCGCACGCAAAGACCGCCUGGCCGCCUGCUCAUACACCCUGAUUGAUAACUUGGGCUUGUGCAUAGUCGGCGCGAACUUGCCCAUCGCACACAAGUUCGUCGACCAGGUGCUUGGUUUCGUCUGCGACAACGAAGGAUCGAGGAUCGGAAUGUUCAUCAAGGAAGGCGGUCCGCAAUGCUUCCAGCAGCACUCGAGCUCCCUCAAGGAAUGCGCUGAGAGAGUGCUGGGCGACAUUGAUGGCGUGCAAACGAAUAAACAACGCUGCUCAAAGUUCGACGAGAUAUCCAUAUGCCUGUCGGAGACGAUGACCGGCUGCACGGUGACUACUCCAGGGGACAUGACACGGGCGUUCCUGGCGAACGUGCGCAUGCCCACUCCCUGCCCCCCCACCGACUCGUACAUGAGCUACAUGCGGUGGCUGCAAAACCGCGACCUCCAGCGCAUGCGCAACAGGAACAACACGGAAGAACAGUGAUAAAAAUAGUGAGAUUUUUCCUCCACCAAUUUGCAAGACCGCGAACACCUCAAAGACCCUAAAACCAGUUUUUCAUACAAUAGGACAACCCCGGACCCCCCAACUAUUCGGAUAUGAACAUCACUUGUUUUCCCCAGCAACGCUGCCCCCCACCCCACCGGCUACAUGAACUACAUGCGGUGGCUGCAAGACCGCGAUCUCCAACUCAUGCGCAACGGUCUUAAAAUAAAAAUAGUGGUAUUUUUUCAGAGAAACUGAGACCUUCCGCAUCUAUACUAUGGUUGCAACACCGCGAACAUGAAGAAUCAAAACCAGUUUUUCAUGCAAUAGGACUACCCUCAAUUGUCUUCUUGGAUAUGAACGUUACUGAAAAUAUUUUGAAGUAAUUUAAGUAAUAUAAAGCUAGAGAGACUACCACCCGAAUCACCCAGAGCUUUACAUACGAACACUUCAUCUUUUGCUCCCCUAACAUUAUUGAUAAUCUUUUUAAACAGUUUCUUGUAAUUUAAUAAAGGUAACAAACAAUUUUGAAAUAAGUAAAUAAAAUUAUUUAACCACAUAUA